CUCGAAGUACGGCAAGACUUGGUGGGGCGGGAAGUUCUUAGAUGCCUUCAACGGCAUCGACGAGACGAACCGCUUACCUCGGGGCGUGACGUACGCGAACAACGGUUCCUGUGCCGGUAUCAAACUGGAAAAAAACGAGGUGCGGGCCAGUGUGCAAGGCAGCGACCCCACGCCGUACCAGGUGCGGAUUCAGUUUGCGGACUUUAGCCAGGAGAAACAGAAAAUCCAGAGCGUGAUACAACAAAAGGGACCCGUCGUGCUGAGCAAGCUGUUGAACCGGGAGCUGCCAGAAAGCAUCCUGGACGAUUUGGAGCGCGCCAGACUGCCAAUAUUCCCGUCCUCGUGGCGCCACGUCACGGCGAGGUGCAGCUGCCCGGACCGGGCUGUGCCCUGCAAGCACAUAGCGGCCGUCAUUUUCCUGACCGCGGGCGAGAUCGACAAAAACCCGUUUCUAGUCUUCAAGAUCCACGGCCUCGACAUCCAGAAUGAGGUGCUUGCAAAGCUAGGGGGUGGAGGGAACGUUCCUGGAGGUGCGGCUGCGAGCAGCAGCGCCGCGACCGGAGGUGCCAGCACUGAUGCGGCGGAAGGGAAGAAAAGCCGAAAGAAGGGCGCGACGGGGAAGCACGGGGGCGACAAAAACUCGUCCAAAAGCUCCGUAAUAUCUUCCGCUCAGGAGCAACAAACCAACACUGCGCUUAGUGCCGGCGGGUUAAGCAUCGGCGAAAUUCCAGUUUUCUCCGAGUUGGUGUGUGCUCCGGUGAACGACGUUGAACUUGUCGAGCCGGACGAGACGGCACAGAUGAGUACUUCUAGCAAUAGCACGACUCCCAUUGUUCCGAAGAACUUGGUGGAUUUUACGAAGUUGACCAACUUGUCGACGCAAAUCCAGGACAUCCUCAAGAAAGAGCCGCCGUUUUUCCCGAAUGCAGACUUUACGCAGCUGCUUGGCGCCGCAUACAAGCACUGGGCCAAGAUUUACGGGGGCUCCUCCGCGAAUGCACCGGCUCGCCGGGUGCCGGAGCCGCACGGGACGGCAAUGACCCGGCAGCCAUCGGGUACAGCCA